AUGGAAGAGGCCAACCAAUCCAAGGUGGCAGAAUUUGUCUUGCUGGGGCUUUCAGAUCAGCCGAAGCUGGAGAAAACCUUCUUUGUGCUCAUCCUGCUGAUGUACCUGGUGAUCCUGCUGGGAAAUGGGGUCCUUGUCCUGGUGACCAUCUCUGACUCCCACCUGCACACAUCCAUGUACUUCUUCCUGGGGAACCUCUCCUUCCUGGACAUCUGCUACACCACCUCUUCCAUCCCUCUAGUCCUGGAUGGCUUCCUCACUCCCAGGAAAACCAUCUCUUUCUCAGCCUGUGCUGUGCAGAUGUUUCUCUCCUUUGCCAUGGGAGCCACAGAGUGUGUGCUGCUGGGCAUGAUGGCAUUUGAUCGCUACGUGGCCAUCUGCAACCCCCUUAGAUACCCCGUGGUCAUGAGCAAGGCUGCCUACGUGCCCAUGGCUGCCAGCUCCUGGCUGGCUGGUGGAGUCAACUCUUUGGUGCAGAUCUCUCUUGCAGUACAAUUACCCUUCUGUGGGGACAAUGUCAUCAACCAUUUUACCUGUGAGAUUCUAGCUGUCCUGAAGUUGGCUUGUGCUGAUAUCUCCAUCAAUGUGAUCAGUAUGGGGGUGGCCAACGUGAUCUUCCUGGGGGUCCCAGUUCUGUUCAUUUUUGUCUCCUAUAUCUUUAUCCUCACCACCAUCCUGAGGAUCCCCUCAGCUGAGGGCCAGCGAAAGGCCUUCUCUAUCUGUUCUUCGCAUCUUACUGUGGUGGUCAUCUUCUAUGGGACUAUUCUUUUCAUGUAUGCAAAACCCAAAUCAAAGGACCCACGGGGGGAGGACAAGCAGGACGUUUCAGACAAGCUCAUCUCUCUCUUUUAUGGAGUGCUGACUCCCAUGCUCAACCCCAUCAUCUACAGCCUGAGAAACAAGGAUGUGAAGGUCGCUAUGAAAAACCUAGCGGGUCAGAAAUGCUUCACCCAGUGA